GAUCUGUUAACACUGUUAAAGGAAUCGUGCCUGCUACUCUACCUUAAAAAUGCCUGCCAAGAAAGUGUGCAUCGUUGGAUCUGGAAACUGGGGCUCUGCGAUAGCCAAAAUCGUCGGUCACAAUGCAAAGAGAUCCAACAGGUUUGACCCCAUUGUCAACAUGUGGGUGUUUGAAGAGAUGGUCGAAGGCAAAAAGUUAACAGAAAUCAUCAACACAGAGCAUGAGAACGUCAAAUACCUACCGGGUCACAAGCUUCCCAAAAAUGUGGUUGCUGUUCCAGAAAUCACAGAAGCGGUGAAAGGGACCAGCAUACUGAUCUUUGUCAUUCCACAUCAGUUCAUUGGGAGGCUAUGUGAUCAGAUGAAACCUCAUAUUGCACAGGGAACCAUUGGGAUAUCCCUCAUCAAAGGCAUCGAUGAAGGUCCCGAGGGCUUGAAGCUCAUUUCUGACAUCAUCCGUGAGAAACUGGAAAUUGAGGUUAGUGUCCUGAUGGGGGCCAACAUUGCCAACGAAGUGGCUGAUGAGAAGUUCUGUGAGACCACAAUUGGAGCUAAGAAUGAAGCAAACGGACAUAUCUUUAAAGAGCUGCUGCAGACUCCCAAUUUCAGGAUCACCGUGGUGCAGGAGAGUGACACCGUAGAACUCUGUGGGGCUCUCAAGAAUAUUGUAGCGGUAGGCGCUGGGUUCUGUGACGGUCUGGGCUUUGGGGACAACACCAAGUCUGCGGUGAUCCGGCUGGGGCUGAUGGAGAUGAUCGCCUUCACCAAGCUGUUCUGUAAGGGCCAGGUGUCCUCCGUGACCUUCCUGGAGAGCUGUGGGGUCGCCGACCUGAUCACCACCUGCUACGGGGGGCGCAACCGCAAGGUGGCCGAGGCCUUCGCCAAGACGUCCAAGUCUAUUGAAGAGCUAGAGGCUGAGAUGCUCAAUGGCCAGAAGCUGCAAGGCCCACAAACCUCUGCUGAGGUGUUCAAAAUUCUCAAGAAGAGAGACAUGAUCAGCAAGUUUCCGUUGUUUGCCUCUGUGUAUCAGAUCUGCUUUGAGGGUAAAGCUGUGCAGGAGUUUAUCACAUGUCUGCAGAACCACCCUGAACAUAUGUGAUCACUCUGGAACCGGCAGCUACGGAACCUGCAGCCACGGAACCUGCAGCUCCUCCAAUGGUGUCGAGUGAAGUUUCCCCUAGAUGCUGAUCUUGUCAGCAUUCCCCUAUGGUUAGGUUGGGAUUGGAGAGGGGAAGCUGAUCCUAGAUCUGUAUCUAUAGGGAAACUUCACCCCCGGAGCCACUUCCAUUAGCACCAUCAUACCAUCAGAGGGCAGCAGUGCUGCAUAAAUGCUCAUUAUAAUACUGUAACUACAUUAAAAUUUAACUGUAACCACAACAUAUUCCUUAUCGUUUGAUACUAAGUCUGAAGAACCACUACUUAACGUGCUUUGUCGAAUAUUCAUAUGUUUUGUGUUUUGAUUGUGUAUCAGCUUAUCAACUAAAGCACUUGACAAAUGUUAAGUAACCAUUGUUGGUUACAAAAAUGUUUUCUAUUCAUUUGACAUUUUUACCAUUUCUGGAACAAAUAUUCUCCCAAAAAUUAUUUUGAUUAAAAAAAGAAAUGUAUUGUGA